AUAUAGAGUUCAAUGAAUAGCAUAAAAAAAUCUCAUAAUCAUCCAUAUCGCUCUUAUAUCGGAAACGAUUAAAUUUUUAUAUAUAUGCAAGUCACAUCGAAUUAAUAUUCGGAGUAAACACCUGAUUUCAACAAAAUCGCUCUUUCAAUAGAUAAAAAUAAUCCGGAGUAAUCGCACCCGGGACGAAAAACGACAACGUAAAAACGAAUGAUGUCGCGAAAGUUAUUACUACCUGAUAACUCCUAUCAGUCGACGGUGAUUUAUUUUUCGUCACGCGACCUCCAUCUCGUCACGUUCAUCUCUAUCUUCGUCGACUCGGUGAAGCCAGUGGAGAAAGACUACAUCCUGCGAACAUCCCAGUGCGAUCAUCCCAGAUCUCUACACAAGAGCUGCAAGAAUUUCACGAGGAAUGAUUCAGCCUCCUAUCUCAGUGUGAAGAAGAAGCGGAAGGGUCGUUGAAUGUGGACAAUAAUACCGGUUGACCUAUGCCAGCGUCAAAGUGCAUCACGUUUUCUUACAAAGUCACGUUUAAAUCACGUUUCAACUUGCUGAUAAGUCUCCGGCCUUCUUACUCGCACGAGCAUGUCCCGAUAUGACACACCCGAUUGACCUCGAGAAUGUCGAAAUGAAGAUAAACAGGGAUCAUCCAAUCUUGAAGUCUUUCCUGGCAGGCUCAUUCUCCGGGACGUUCUCCACGAUUCUCUUCCAACCGCUGGAUCUAGUGAAGACCAGGCUUCAAAAUAGAGUCAACACUUCCGUCGAAUCGCCGAGAAAUGGGAUGCUGGGCACGGUGGCGAACAUUAUUCAAAAGGAGAAUGUCUUUGGAUUAUGGAAGGGCAUGACGCCGUCGAUAACCAGGGUAAUCCCUGGCGUGGGUCUAUACUUCUCGUCGCUGCAUUGGCUGAAGCAUGCCCUCGACCUUGAAGAAUCCUUGACGGCCCUGCAGGCGAUCGCCUUAGGUAUCACCGCGCGCUCCAUGUCCGGGGCUCUGCUCAUUCCCAUUACCGUCGUGAAGACGCGAUUCGAGAGUGGCGUCUACAAGUAUAAUAGUAUUAGCGAGGCUCUGUGGCUGAUCUACAAGCAAGAAGGAGUGAGAGGUUUAUCCAGUGGUCUAGUGCCUACCCUUCUACGAGAUGCGCCUUACAGCGGUUUAUAUCUCAUGUUUUAUACCCAACUGAAAAGCGCGGCUACCAAAACAGGAACGAUGAGUGAGUCGCAAAUGCCAGUUCACUUCAGCUGCGGGAUUCUCGCUGGAAUUCUAGCCUCUGUGGUGACGCAACCGCCGGAUGUUGUCAAGACGAAGAUGCAACUAUAUCCGAACGAAUUCAACGGGAUUUACCGUGCGACGUUCCUCGUCUACAAGAAAUACGGCGUAUUGGGAUACUUCAAGGGUAUCGUUCCCAGAAUGCUGAGGCGAACUCUGAUGACCACCAUGGCUUGGACGGUGUACGAGCAGCUAACAAAACAAAUCGGCUUGAAGUAAACGUGCUAUUGUCUUCUGUAUGAAAGUUUUACACGAAGUAGUUGAAUUAUGCCAUGUACAGUAUUAGUAUACAUUUACUAUUUGUAUAUAUUUACUAAUUGUGAAA